AACGAACGACUAGGUUGGCUCGCUCCCGCUCGCCAAUAAAUAUAUAGAAAAAUCGCGCCGUUCGUACCACUAGGUUGGCUCACUCCCGCUCGCCAAUAAUUACACCUUUGUUCUGAACUGAAGACCUGCACCCACCGGACACAAUGGACACAAUGGAGGAAACACCAGUAAAAGUCAUAAGACUCGAAGAAACUAACUUGUACGCGAGCGCCACCAAAGCUCUCAACACAGCUCUAAAAACUACCAUUGGGUUGGCAAUAUUUGGAGGACUAUUCUGCAUGAUUGGCGGGUGUUUUGGGAUCUUAUUCGCCAAGAGGGCUGAGGUGUUUUUCAAAGAAGGAGACUUCCCUGCAGCAAAGAAACUGGUUCGCGCGUCAUAUGAGUGUUCUUUUGGUGCUCUAAACUGUGUACGCCACAACGUAAACUUUGUUUCUUUCAUCAUUCUAGUCAUAUGCAUACGUACAAUGUAUAUACACUAACCCUGUGUUGUAUAUAUCUGUGAAUAAUUCUGUGACUCGUGCAUUUUCGUUUCCUCUACCUCUUGUCUGUCCUGUUAAAAUUAUUUCCACUCCUUGUUUCAUGAUAAAGAGAUGUUGC